AUGACCUUUUUAUUAAUAUAUAAUAAUUUCCACGUUUAUCUAUAUAUAGUUUUUUUUGUUUAUAUUUUGUUGUUCCCUUGUUGUCGUGCUACUUCUUUUUCAUGUUCUUAUGGAGAGUAUUUGAAAAAUAAUAAAUGUUAUCCUUGUGAAGAAAAUAGAUAUUCAAGUUAUAAAAACGCAGAAGGUUGUUUUAAGUGUCCUCCUUCAAGUUUUCAUAAGAAAUUAGGUGUAAAGUCAAUUCAUGAAUGUAUAUGUGAAAAGAAUUAUUAUUUGAACUACCUAAGAAAUAGUUGUGAUAGGUGUGUAGAUUUAAAUAAUAAUAUUUCUUCUUCAUUUUAUUGUAAAGAAGGUUUAAAUAUUUUGGAAAUAGAUUAUAUGAAAUUAUUUUCUGUCAAUAAUAAGGAGAAUAUUACUUUUUAUGAUAUGGUUGAUACUUGUUAUGCAACUAAAGAUAUAAAAAAUAUAUAUCCAUAUAUAAAUAAUAAUAUAUAUAUUUAUUGUAAGAGACCUAAUAUAUGUUUAAAUACAUGUGGUAUGUGUGCUACAAAAUAUGAAGGUUAUUUAUGUGAUAAUUGUAUAGAUGAUUAUUAUAAAAAUAAUAUAUAUAUAAAAUAUUCAAAUUGUAAAAAAUGUUAUUCUUCUAUUAUUUUUAUUUUAUUCAUUUUUAUUAUAUAUUCAAUUGUAAUAUUUUAUUUUUUCAUAUGUAUAAUACAUAAAUGUAUAAAUAUAAGCUUAUAUUUUUAUCAUUAUAAUAUAUAUAAAAAGGGUACUAUAUAUUUCUUACAUUACUUUAGACAAUUUGUUUUUUAUUUAUCACUUAUGUUGAUUUUAGCUCUUUCAAAUGAUUUGACAGAAAGUGAAAGAGAAAAUUAUAAUAUUUUAUCUAUAAAAAAUAAUGAAGCUAUUCCAUACAAUUUACAUAGUGGCGAUAUAACAAAGAAUUAUUAUAUGAAUAUAUAUGUGCAUAAUUUAUUUUAUGAUUUUAUAAAAUUAUUGUUUCUACAUUUUAUAAAUCUUUUACCUAUUAAAUGUUUCCUAAAAAAUAUAAAAAAUGACAAAAACGUUUAUGUAAUAUCACAAAUUGAUUGGAUACAAUUAGUUGUAAGUAUAUAUAUUUUUUUUCUUUUCUGUUUUUUUACGAUAAUAUGUAAUGUGAUAUAUUUGUGUGUCAUGAGAAGAAUGACAUACAAUAAUUUGUUAGUUGAAGGAGAACAAAAAGAAGACGUAUAUAUAAAUGUAAAAGUAAAUAUAAAUGAAGAAACACUACACAAGGGUUAUAAUCCAAAUUGUGUUCAUGAACAGAAGAAAAGAAGAAAUCCUUGUUAUUUUUUUGAAUAUAUAAUGUUUUUUUUAAGGAAAACCAAAAUAAAAUACUUUUUUGGUUAUUAUAUAUAUACAAUGUUCAUUUCGAAUUAUUGUUAUUUUGAUUAUAUAGAAAAAAAUGAAGAUUCUAUAAAAAAAUCGUUUCUUGAACAUUACAACAGGGUUACCUUUUUAAAAAGUAGUAUACAAAUAUAUUAUUAUCAAUAUAUUUUUAUAACAUUAUAUAUUUUUAAUUCUUUGAUAAUGUUUAUAUAUCUUUCACCUUAUAUAUGUAUAUCUAUGUUUAAAAGUAAUAAAAGUUAUUAUGAUCCUCCUACUUUUUGUUAUGAUAAGAGAGAAGAAAAUUUUUAUAAAUAUCUUGGAAUAUUUAUUAUUUUUUCAUUCUGUUUUGUAUUCUAUAUGAUGGUGUUUGUUUGUCUCUAUAGAAUGAAUUAUAAUAAUAAUAAUAAUAAUAGAUUUAGAUAUGUAUAUAUAUUUGGAUUUUAUACCUUUUUAUAUAAAAAUAAUAAAUAUUAUUAUUACAUUUUAAAAAUAUAUUUUCUCAAUAUUUUAUUCAUAUUUGUUAUUCAAAUGAAAGAUCACUUAAGUAGUCUCAUCAUUAUUUCCUUUUUGUUUCUUGUUUUUAUUUGUGUCUCUUUAUUUAUUGAUCCUUUCAUAAAAUUAUAUAACUACAAUAUAAAAUUUGAAAGUAUGUUAUUUAUGUUUUUAUUUUUUUUAAGUAUACAACUAGAAAUAAUAAGAUUAAUAACGUAUCAUAUAUUAUUACGAAUAUAUCUUUCUUUUAUUAGUUUAUUUAUAUAUUCCUUCAUUUUGUUUUAUUACAUGUUUUUUAUGAUAAAGGAUGUAUAUGUUUAUUUCUCUCUUUACAUAAAAUAUAUGAAUGGAAAGAAUAAUGAAAAAGAGGGAAAUGACAAAAUAAUGGAUAUAUACUUUUUUUAUUAUUACGUUAAAAAAAAAAUGAAUAUAGAUAUUUCUUUUUAUGAUGUAAGGAAAAAUAUAUCUACAGAAAUAUGUUUGAAAAAAUGUUAUAAUAAUAUGGAGUCAUUUGAAGAUGUAGAAAAAGAUCAAAUUGUUGGAUAUAUAGGAAAGGAUCACAUAGAAUUUAUAUAUGAUCAAUGUAUUUUUAUAUCUCCUUUUAUUGAAGAAACAAUAAUUCAAUGCUUAUUUUUAACUAAAAAUAUAAGGCAUGUAAUUUCUUUAUGUUAUGAUGGGGAUUAUAACAGGAUAUACAAUUUUUUGUUCGAAAAUGGUUACGUUGAAAUUCAAAAAACAUCGGUUGAAAGAUUUUUAUGUAGAUCAAUUUAUAUAUAUCAAAAUAUGUUCAAAUAUAAUACUCCUUUGUUUAUCAAAGAAAUUGUAAACAUAUUUACGACACUUGUUAAGAAGCUUCAGUGUUUCAAGGAUGUGUAUAUACGCGAGUGCAUAGCCAAGCGAAUAAGAGAAAAAUAUAAAAUGAACGAAAUUUAUGUAGGGAAGAAAAAAAAAUUUGACGAAAAUUAUGAAGAGAAACAUAUCAAUACUUUUUUGUGUAACCUGAGAUGUUUGAAUAAAAAUGCAGAUGUGAAAAAUGAGAAAUUUAUAAAAUUAUUCCCCAAUAUAGGUAAAGUUGUCCCUCAAAUUUUGCCAACGAAAAAAAAAUAA